CCCGCCCAAUGUGUCGGUGUGAGUCUGACAUGUCACGUGACGUGCCGCUGGCUGACUGUAGGAGAGACAAGAUGGUGGCGGUCGGCGAAUAGAAUCACUGGUGACUGAGAGGGUUGUCGGACGGAGGAAGGCGAUUCAGUUGUUGGUAUGAAUGGCUAAAGAUUAUUGCUGAAUUUCAACUUUCAACCAAGGGUCAUGGCAGGCUUGGGUUCUCAGAACCUGCUCGCCUAUGUGGAAGAGGGCAAUAUUGCUGCUCUGAAAACUCUUCUGGAAAAAUGCAAGGAUGUCGAUGAAAGAAAUGAGAAUGGACAGACUGCAUUAAUGCUGGCAGCUGAGCAAGCCAACCUUGAAAUAGUGCAAGAGCUGCUCAGAAACAGAGCCAACUGCAACCUUGAAGAUGUCGAUAACUGGACUGCUCUCAUUUCUGCUGCCAAAGAGGGAAACUUGGAAAUUGUGAGGGAACUACUCAGCUACAAUGCUAAUUUGGAGCACCGAGAUAUGGGAGGAUGGACGGCCCUCAUAUGGGCAUCUUACAAAGGUAGCACUGACGUGGUGGACUUUCUGCUGUCAAAAGGCGCUAAUCCGAACAUAACUGGGCUGCAAUACAGUGUCUACCCAAUUAUUUGGGCUGCCGGCCGAGGUCACUCUGACAUUGUGAAACUCCUCCUUCAAUAUGGGGCAAAAGUCAACUGCUCAGACAAGUUUGGUACCACACCACUCAUUUGGGCUGCCAGAAAAGGGCAUCUGGAAUGUGUCAAAUAUCUUCUGCAAAUGGGGGCAGAUGUUGAUCAGGAAGGGGCUAACUCCAUAACUGCCCUGAUUGUAGCAGUUAAAGGUGGUUUCACCGACACAGUAAAGGAGAUUCUCAAGAGGAACCCAAAUGUGAACUUGACAGAUAAAGAUGGGAAUACAGCCCUUGCCAUUGCAGCAAAGGAGGGGCACAUAGAAAUUGUGCAAGAUCUUUUAGAUGCAGGAACCUACGUCAACAUCCCUGAUCGAAAUGGAGACACUGUUCUGAUUGGAGCUGUUCGAGGAGGGCAUGUGGAGAUUGUUAGGGCCCUACUGAACAAGUAUGCUGACAUUGAUAUUAGAGGACAGGAUAACAAAACAGCAUUAUACUGGGCUGUGGAGAAAGGCAAUGCCACCAUGGUACGAGACAUCCUGCAGUGCAACCCUGACACAGAGUUUUCUACCAAGGAUGGAGAAACUCCGCUUAUAAAGGCAACAAAGAUGAGAAGCAUUGAAGUGGUGGAGCUUUUGCUUGAUAAAGGAGCUAAGGUUUCUGCAGUUGAUAAGAAAGGAGACACACCCCUUCAUAUUGCGAUCAGGGGCAGAAGCCGAAAACUUGCAGAGCUUUUGCUUCGAAAUCCUAAGGAUGGAAGAUUAUUGUACAGGCCUAACAAGGCAGGAGAGACCCCUUACAAUAUAGAUUGCAGCCAUCAAAAGAGCAUCCUCACUCAGAUAUUUGGUGCUAGACACCUUUCCCCCACGGAGUCUGAUGGUGAUAUGCUUGGGUAUGAUCUGUACAGCAGUGCUCUUGCCGAUAUCCUCAGCGAGCCCACUAUGCAGCCCCCGAUCUGUGUUGGACUGUACGCUCAAUGGGGAAGUGGAAAAUCAUUCCUGCUAAAAAAACUUGAAGAUGAGAUGAAGACCUUUGCAGGCCAGCAGAUAGAGCCUUUGUUCCAGUUUUCAUGGGUCAUUGUGUUUCUUAUCCUGCUGCUCUGUAGUACCUUUGGAUUGCUGCUUUCAUUCACAGUUGAUCCAAAACUGGGCAUUUCUGUGGCACUCAGUUUGUUGGCUGUGCUUUACACAUUCUUUGCUGCUGUAUACUUCGGUGGAAGACGAGAAGGAGAAAACUGGAACUGGGCUUGGAUACUAAGUACCAGACUGGCAAGACAAAUUGGGUACCUUGAAUUACUCCUGAAACUCAUGUUUGUGAAUCCCCCAGAACUUCCUGAGCAAACCACUAAAGCUUUGCCCGUCCGGUUCCUUUUCACAGACUACAAUCGGCUUUCUAGUGUAGGGGGAGAAACCUCCAUGGCUGAAAUGAUAGCCACACUCUCUGAUGCAUGCGAGAGGGAGUUUGGUUUCUUAGCCACGCGGCUCUUCAGAGUGUUCAAGACUGAGGAAACACAAGGCAAAAAGAAAUGGAAGAAGACAUGCUGUCUGCCGUCAUUUGUAAUCUUCAUCUUUAUUAUGUUGUGCAUCUUUGCCGGCGUUCUGCUGCUGGCGAUCUUUAAAGUGGAUCCCAAGAACAUGACCGUGAAUUCUAUCCUGAUUGCCGUGGCUUGUGUGGUGGGCCUGGUGUUUGUGUUGAAUUGCCGCACAUGGUGGCAAGUGAUGGAUUCUGUACUUAACUCUCAACGCAAGAGGCUCCACAGUGCAGCUUCCAAACUGCACAAGCUGAAAAGUGAAGGAUUUAUGAAGGUUUUGAAAUGGGAAGUAGAGUUGAUGGCUAAAAUGGCAAAAACCAUAGAUAGUUUCACUCAAAACCAGACCCGGCUUGUGGUGAUUAUUGAUGGGCUGGAUGCCUGUGAGCAGGAUAAAGUUCUGCAUAUGCUGGACACGGUUCGGAUCCUGUUUUCCAAGGGGCCAUUUAUCGCAAUUUUUGCAAGUGACCCUCACAUUAUUAUCAAGGCCAUCAAUCAGAAUCUCAACAGCGUGCUGAGAGAUUCCAACAUUAAUGGGCACGACUACAUGCGCAACAUUGUCCACCUGCCGGUCUUUCUCAACAGUCGCGGCCUCGGCAGUGCCAAAAAGUUGUGUUCCAUUUCAGCCACCAAUGGAGACGUGGCCUGUGUGGAGAGUAUUUCAGCAGGGCAUGAAGAUCUUGAUAGAAGGGUCUCCCAGCAGAGUCUGGCGGAGGCUUCAAAACUUGGCAGCAAAACUGCUCUGAACAGAAGGGAUACCUAUAGAAGAAGACAGAUGCAGCGCACCAUAACACGACAGAUGUCCUUUGACCUAACCAAGCUGCUGGUGACAGAGGACUGGUUCAGCGACAUCAGCCCUCAGACAAUGAGAAGAUUAUUGAAUAUUGUUUCAGUAACAGGGCGAUUACUCCGAGCCAACCAGAUUAGUUUUCACUGGGACAGACUGGCCUCCUGGAUCAACCUGACCGAGCAGUGGCCAUACAGAACAUCAUGGCUGAUCCUGUACCUGGAGGAGACAGAGGGAGUCCCUGAUCAGUCUACUCUGAAAACUAUUUAUGAAAGAGUUUCGAAAAACAUUCCCACAACUAAAGACAUCGAACCACUGCUUGAAAUUGAUAGCGAUGUCAGGAGUUUUGAAGUCUUUUUGGCCUCCAGGACUCCAGUGCUCAUAGCAAGAGAUGUGAAAACCUUUCUUCCCUGCACGGUCAAUUUGGAUCCAAAGCUGAGAGAAAUCAUUGCAGAUGUUCGUGCCGCAAGAGAGCAGAUGAAUAUUGGAGGGUUCCCGUAUCCCACACUUCCCUUGCAAGAUGCUCCACCCAGAGCAGCCUCUGUAUUCAGCCAGCCGUCCUCCGUCUGCUCCUCAUCUUCAUUUAACGGACCUUUCCCUGCUGGUGUAAUGUCUCCACAGCCACCAAGCAGCUAUUACAGUGGGAUGACUGGACCACAACACCCUUUUUAUAAUCGGCCAUUCUUUGCACCUCAUGUUUACCUGCCAAAGUAUUACUUUGGCAAUCCCCAACAUCCCAUGUCACGCCCAUCUUUCAAACACAGUGUGUCCAGAGAUCAGAACAAUGGCCUAAGCAUUAUCGAAGAAGAUGCCGCAGAGACUCUGUCCUCCCCCAUUCACGCCUUUCUGGGUACCGGCAGCUCCGUAGCAGGAGCACACACUUCUGCUUUAGCCUCCUUGAACGUGGACGCUGUGUGUGAGAAGCUAAAAAAUAUCGAUGGGAUUAACCAGAGUAUGCUGGCUCAGUACAUUGCAACCAUACGCAAGGCAAAUAUCAAUGGACGGGUUCUGACCCAGUGCGCCAUGGAUGAACUGAAGAAAGAAAUGAACAUGAACUUUGGCGACUGGCACCUGUUCAAGAGUGCACUUCAGGAAAUGAGAAGCUCUGAUACCCAAGUGCAGCCUGAGGAUAGCCGAAUGGUCAGUGAGCCCAAUAGAAUGGUGCCACGCAGCGAGUUUGGCAGGCGCCCGGUUUCCAAUACCGAGCUUCCUCACACUGAACUGGCCGGCCAGAACUAUGACUACAGCUUCAGCUUCGAAGACCUAAACGCUCUUGGUUUUGAGGAGUCAAAUCGCGGCAUGGGCUGGCAGGGACGGGGACACAGGACACCAAGCCUUACCAGUCUUAAUUCUCAAGAAUCCAGUAAUGACAUUGUAAAGCUCACAGAUAAAGUGCAGGCGGAAUAUAGAGAUGCCUAUAGGGAGUACAUUUCCCAGAUGUCACAAAUUGAGGGUGCUGUGACCUCUGCAAGUGGUAGGUCUUCUCCUUUAAGUUCAGGGGGUUACUACAUAGGACAGAGCACUUCGGUGAGUUCAAUUCACUCUAGUUCAGAACAGGACAAAAUGAAAGAAGGUGAAGCGAAGCAUGAAGAAGGACGGAAACCAUUUUUGAUGAAAAGAGCGGAUGUUGUUGACUAUACAUCAUCAACUAUUUCCACUUCUGAUGCCUCUCCACUGGAUCCUAUUACUGAAGAAGAUGAAAAAUCAGAUCAUUCAGGAUCUAAGCUACUAACUUCCAAGAAGCCAGCUGAAAGAUCUAGCCUUUUCCAAGCACCUGAUUUAAAACUGAAAGGAGCUGGAUUGCGUUACCAAAAACUUCCAAGUGAUGAAGAUGAGUCUGGGACAGAUGAGUCUGACAACACCCCACUCCUGAAGGAUGGAAAAGACAAAAAGCCAGAUGGCAAUCUGGAUAUAAAAGCAGGAGAGCAUGCCUCUGAGCCCAUAAUGGUCAACAGUAAAGCAAAGGAAUACCUAUCAGAUGCUAUCCUGAACAAGAAAGAUUCUUCUGACUCUGGCAUGAGAUCCAAUGAAAGUUCUCCAAAUCACUCUCUGAAUAAUGAAGGAGCUGACGAUUCCCAGCUUGAAAAGACAAACCUUAUUGAGCUUGAAGAUUCCCACUUACGAGGAAAGAGGGGAAUACCUAACAGUCUGAGUGGCCUUCAGGACUCGGAAAUCGCACGCAUGUCCAUCUGCUCUGAAAGUAGUCUCAUUGCCAGCAGUCCUGAGGAGAACUGGCCUUCAAGUCAGAAGUCCUUCAAUCUGAACCGCACUCCAAGUACAGUUACCCUCAACAAUAAUACUGCCUCUACUAACAGAGCCAACCAAAACUUUGAAGAGACAGAAGAGGCUAAAAGUGAUUCUCCAAUCAUCGUAGUCCCUGGGUCAAGCCCUGUUCAGAAUGAGAACAUGAAACGUUUAAAACGAGGUCAACGUGCGGGUUACAGCCGGAUGGCCAAAGAAGAUUCAGAGCUGAACACUGUGGCUUCCUCCGAUGCAACUGGCUUUUCCGAAGAAAGAGAGAAAAGUAUUCAGAUGAAAGAAUAAAUUCGAAUAAAAUUGUGAUGGGCUGUAGCUUAGCAUCAAACUGAAGCCUGAGAGAGAAGAAUGAAGAGCAUGAUGAGAAGAAGCCAUGGAGUCAUCCUUUUAUUUUCUUGAACCGCAAUAGGCAGAACUUCUGAAAAAAUCUCUAUAGCCAGUGAUAUCCAUACUUUCAAAUAGAAUUUAAUAUCUGGUUGCCAAAACGUAGAAGCUCUAGUUAGGCCUUGAACAUUGUCUCCCUCCCCACUAAAGACAAGGUGGUAGAAUUUCUUUGGAAUCCAUUGAUCCAUAACAGUUCUUGGGAUUUUUGGAACCCCAGCUCAAAUCUGAUCAAACUGGAUUUGAUUCAGAACAAGUCCGAAUGAUUUGAAUUAGCUCCAUAUUGAUUGAUUGCACUAGAAAAACAUGUCCAUGGCCAUGAAGGCCUAGAGCAGUCAUUCUGAGAUAGCGAACUAGCGAUCCAUAUUGAUUUUUGACUGUCUUGGGGAAAAAAAAUAGAAUGAAUUGAAUCCCCUGCAGGAUUUGGUAAGUCUGCCCCUAAAGGUGACCAUAGACGUUACAAUUAUGAACUUUCCUGGACAAAAUCUAUCCACGAAAGAUCUUCGUUUUAAUACACAUGUGUAGAGCUGAAUUGUCAGAGGCAAUAGAAUUCUACCUGUAUCUGAUGAUUCAGCACUAACAAUGGCCGAUGUUCAGGUGCCUUCAAAGGCGCCCGAUCAAUGAGCCGAAUGAUAUCCAAGUCCUCUGCCGAUAUUGGUCGACUCUUCUCCCACCAUCCACGUAGCGAAUGUCAUAUGAAAAUUUGUUUCCUACGCUAUGAUCGGUGCGUCUAUGGCCACCUUAAGUCUUGUUUUAAUCCAGAAGAACUCUGUUGACUUACCAUUUUGCCUUGUCUAGGCUAGCUCCAUCAAACUAUAAAAGUUCAGUUGUUGAUGUCCAGGUCCUCUGCUGAUAUUGGUUGACUCAUCUCCCACCAUACACGUAGCGGAUAUCAUAUGAAAAUUUGUUUCUCACGCUAUGAUCGGUGUGUCUAUGGCCACCUUAAGUCUUGUUUUAAUCUAGAAGAACUCUGUUGACUUACCAUCUUGUCUAGGCUAGCUCCAUCAGACUAUAAAAGUUCAGUUGUUGAUGUUCAGGUGCAAACCUGAGAGCUUUGUUGAAAUCCAGCUAAUCCUAAGCAUAAAUGUAUGGCGGGAUGUUGUUGUUGAGUAACAGUGCUGCAUGCCAAAAUGUGUAAUUGUGUGUGUUGGUGCCAGGACUGCAUGCUGCUGGCCUCGGUCUUGUGAGAACUAGGGACCUUGCAUGGGAAGGACUGGUCUCUAGCCUGUGGCUUGUCUCUCUGAUAAGGAACAAAUAUAACUUGUUGUUUGGUGUGUUUAUGUGACAGUUGCCAGGGGUCACUCCCUGUAUUUGAUAGUUUGGGGGGGGGGGGUGGCAGCAAUUAAGCCAAAUAACCCCUGUGUAAUUCAGAACUAAUGGGGAACAUACAGUAUUGCAGGUAAGACUGCCCAACUUUCAAAUGUAUUAGUUUAUUAAUGUCUUAAAGUCUUCUAUUGAGUAGUGCUAGUCCAACCAGGCCAGCUGAAGAUUGACUUAGUAGCGCUCAGCUGAUACAGGCCCGUUUAGAGCAAGGGGAAGAUAGCAAUGCUGAAAUACACAGUAAUGACAGUAUUUGUUGGACACGAUAUGUUGUGAUGUUGCCUGUAAAUGACACUUUAUGAUGUCAACAAAAAAAUGGUAUUAUGUACAUGUGUUGUGCCGUGCAAAAUAAAAACUGCUGAAAAUC